GAAUUUCCCGGCUUACAUACCGGAGCGCCAGCUAGAUUUUACGGACAAUAUGACUUUUAUUCAGCGAGUUAGCAACACGCUGAUGAGCACGCUGUACAUAGGCCUCUACUGGUUACAGAUGCAGGGUUACUCCCGCCUGCAAGACAAGCACGGUAUCGCUACCCACACAUCCACUCUUGAGCUGAUGGCGGGGGCAGAGCUGUGGAUAGUGUCCAUGGAUUUCUUGCUGGAGUUCCCACGACCGCUGCAACCCAACGUGAUUCUCACAGCGCACUCGUCCGUUGGCCUGCACGGCGAUCAGGAGAUACCGGAGGAUCAAUUGGCGUUUAUUAAUGACGCAAACGACGCCGGCGUGGUCCUGUUCUCUCUCGGUACCCACGUGAAUAAGAUGGAGGUGACACGUGCCGAGAUGCUUGCGCGGAGCCUGGCCAAGCUACCUCAGCGAGUGGUAUGGCAUUUCCCUGGUGACACGUCGAAGCUCCCCCUAGGCAACAACACCAAGGUUGUGCAGUGGAUGCCAAUGCAGAAGAUAAUGGCCCACCCUAACGUGAAGGCGGUGUUGUGCCAUGGUGGCUCCGGUAUGCUCCACGAGGCGAUUUGGUUUGGUCUACCUGUUGUUGGUAUCCCGUUGUUUGGCGACCAGUUCGACAACAUGAACCGCGCGGUUUGCAAGGGCAUAGCCGUCUCGUUGGAUCUGUUCGACAUGACAGAAGAAAGUCUCCAUCAUGCAGUCAACCGCGUCAUCCACGAUCCAAGCUUUCGCAGAAAGGUGGCAAAGCUUUCGGAAAUUCUCCACGACGAACCUCUGAUCCCCACCGAUAAGGCAGCCCACUGGAUCAGUCACGUGACCAGGUUUGGCGGAGAGCACCUGCAACCUCGAGGCGCCAGCCUCGGCUUUGUCGAGAGAAACCUGCUGGACGUGGGGGUUGUUCUAGCGGCCGCCGGUUGCUUUGCGUUGUGGCUGGGUGCAUGGAUAUGCCAAAAAUCCGGCAGUAUGGCUGUUUGCUACUGUUCAAAAAUGUUCAAAAGGCUGAAAAGUUGGGAAAGGGUUUAAACUCGUCUUAAUGAAGAACACUAAACCGUUCACGCAAGUAGCCAAUUCCACAUGUUCUAUUGAGGCCUAUAUGAUUAAAUAGUUAAGAAUUUGUUUUCAAAUUAUCUUUAAAAAGUGUUGACAUGCAGGGUAUAAACUGUCAUGUAGUCAUACGAAUAUGUUAUCUGUUUUGUUUUUAAUUACCAUUGAAUU